GAAGAUUUUGAUGAGAGGCAAAAUAUAACCAGGUAUUUCCACCAGUUUUUCUCUUUCAUGAAAGUCCUGAAGAGAAAGAAACUUUCCAACAUGUGGAGCUUUCUAUUUGUCCUUUGUUGUGUCUUUACAGUUGAGUCUUUGACUCCUGUAACUGCUCCAGUCGGAGGAAAGGUCACUCUUACGUGUUCACACUUCCUGACCAACUUCAAUAUCAAGUAUUUCUGCAGAGCUGAUUGUGCAGACGACAAUAUUCUCAUCAGAUCUAAUACAGGAAAAAGAGAGACUCGCAAAGGGAGAUAUACUCUUCACGACAUGGGGACAGAGUUCACAGUGACCAUCACUGACCUGCGGAAAUCAGACUCUGGGACGUAUAUCUGUGCAGUUGAGAGAUUUCUUAAAGACACUUUCAGUGAUGUUACUCUAAAUGUGAUUGAGGGUAUCACCACCACUGAGGUCUCAGCUGGUCUCAGUUCGAUCUUAACAACCUUUUCAAAGACAACAGAACUGAAUCUAAAAUCAACCAGCAUCACAUCCACAGAACAGUAUUUUUCUUCUACAGGUUCCAUUGUUAUUUUCAUCACUGCAGGAGUUUUGCUUUUGCUCCUGAUUAGUGCUCCUUUGGUAAUAACAUCCAUUCGAAUGAAAAAACAGACUCUUGAGCCAAUGCCCGUUCAUCUGGCGUUUAGAAAUGGAGAUGAGAUGGAAUAUGAGAACGUGACCCCCAAAGUCCUUCCAGAUUCACCCACAGCUGAUAAUGCUAAAGCUUCUGCUACAAUAGAGUUUCAGAGACCAUCAAACACAGAACCAGGAAACAUGGCCGAUCCUAAUAGAGAUUCCAACUACAUAAAUGUUGCCCCGGGAACAACAGAUCAAGAAAUGGACGCCUGUAGAAGCAGUCAUGUGUAUCAGUGUCUUAAUAUAGAUCCUAGUCAACAGUCUGUCUAUCACAUUAUUAACCGAACUGCACACUGACCACACAAUCCUUAUAAACAACUACUCAAAAUCCAUAAUUGCCCUUCAGACUCAACAUAAAAUAGGGGAGACUGGGGCAAGUUGUCACAUGGGGAAGUCCAAAUUUAUUGUCAAAAGUCCAGUUGCACUUUUGAACGUUGGCUUUAUUAUAUUAGAGUCGUAAAUUAGUCAUUUUGUGAUACCCUGCAAAGUAAAUUGUACUAUUACUGUAUUUGUGUGAAAUAAGCGAACAUAAUAAAACCACACUGGCAACUAUAUUAUGAAGGCAGAUGUUUACUGAAAUGGUUAAAUAUGUUCUCAUGAAA